GGGGACAUUGUAGGGUGCUGUGGAACCCCAUGGGGUGCAGCAGGGUGUCCUGGGGGCGGUGAGACUCCCUGGGGUGCAGUGGGACCCCCGGGGGUGGGCUGCAGUGACGUCCCCAUCACCCCCGACACAGAAAAUGGUGACGGCCCUGGACAAGAACUGGCACCCGGAGCACUUCUGCUGCGUCAAGUGCGGGCAGCCCUUCGGCGAGGAAGGCUUUCUGGAGAAGGAUGGUCAGCAGUACUGCCGCCAGGACUUUGCCGAGCUCUUCUCCAGCCGGUGCCGGGGCUGCGGGCGGCCCAUCCUGGAGGGCUACAUCGCCGCCCUCGAGGGGCUCUGGCAUCCCGAGUGCUUCGUCUGCCGGGAGUGCUUCGCGCCCUUCGUGGGGGGCAGCUUCUUCGAGGAUGGCGGCCACCCCUACUGCGAGCGGCACUUCCACGCCAGGCGGGGCUCGCUGUGCCGGGGCUGCGGGGAACCCAUCGCUGGCCGGUGCGUCACUGCCAUGGCCCAACGCUUCCACCCCGAGCACUUCGUCUGCGCCUUCUGCCUCCGGCCCCUCUCCAAGGGCACCUUUCAGGAGCAGGAGGGCAAGCCCUACUGCCAGCCAUGCUUCCUUCGCCUCUUCGGGUGAGGCCGUCACGGCCCCCCCAGCCCCACCGAUGGUGCCCCAUGGUGCGGGGUGCCCCGUAGAGGUCCAGUGGACACCCCGCAAUCGCCACAAGAACGUUCCAUGGAUGAGCUGUUGGACGGGGUGCACCGUUGAAGUGGUCUCCCAGGUGCCCGUGGUGCUUGGAGGCCUCAUGCAUGGGGAUCUGGCACCCUUGGGGUGCCCCAUGGUGCAGGGUGUCCUGGAGAGCUCCAGUGGACACGCCACGACCACCACAAGAACAUUCCAUGGGUGAACCAUUAGAUGCGGUGCACCACUGGGGUGGUCAUGGGGGUGUCUUGGGGUGCUUGGAGUCCUCAGGCAUGGGACCCUUGAAGUGUGCAAUAGUGUAGGGUGCCCCACAGUGAUCGAAUGGACACCCCAUGACCAUCCCACGGGUGCCCCAUCAGAUGGGCUGAUCCAUGGAGGCGCCCCCAUGGUGCCUGGGAGCCUCAUGUGGGGGGUCUGUCGCCCCUGAGCUGCCCUGUGGGGUGGGCUGCCUCAGAUAUACCCCACGGGGGUCCCAUGGGUGCUCCACGGUGUGGUGUGACCCACAGAUCUGGCCAUGGACUUGCUCCAUGCCGUGGGGUGACCAUGGAUCUGACCCAGGACUUGCUCCACAGCAUGGGGUGGUCUCUGUGCAUGGUGCAGGACUGGAAGCACUGGCGGGGCACUGAUGGUCCGGGGGGAGCGCUGGGGGUAACUGGGGGCCACUGGUGGCCCCCAGGGUCACACGCACUCUUUGCUUGCACAUGCCAAAGCCUUUGUAUUUGGUGCGGGGGAGGAUUGAGGGGCAAUUGGUGGAUCAGUGGGGCAGAUUGGGAUCUCUGGGGUAGGUUAUCGGUCUGGGGGGUCCCUGAGGAAGGUUGGGGGGCAGUUGGAGAGUCAAUGCAACUGUUUAUGGGACUGAGGUGUCUCCGGGGAAGGUUGGGAGGGUCUAUAGGACCAGCUGAGAGGCAGUUUUGGUCUGUGGGGUAGGUUUUGGGUCCGGAGGGAUCUAUGGGAUAGGUGGGGAGGGAAUAGGAGGUCUCAGGGGCAAGUCAGGGGACAGCUGUGGGUCUGUGAGGCAGUUUGGGGAGCAGUCAGGAGGGUCCAUGGGGCAGUAGGGGAUGAUCUGUGGGGCUGUUUGGGAGGAUCUUUGGGGCGGGGGGUGCAGCACCGGGCGCACGCGGCUGAACAUGGAAAAUAAACACCCACGGCACAACCGCAGCGUGUGGGGUGAAGCCAACCUCCGCCGGGACGCCGGCCUCCGGGCACCCCUUCUGGGUCCGUUUCACCCCUCCCCAGGUGCUUUACCCCCUCAGCAAGUCCGCUCCCGUCGGGGUCUCCACUUGCCCCCACUCUAGGUCAAUGUCGCGCAGUUUUGGGGCAGUUUCACACUUUUGGGGCCAUUUUUCAGGCCAAUUUCACCCCCUUUUGUGCCAGUUUCAAUCACGUGAGUUCAAUUUUGCCUCUUUUUGGGGUCAGUUCCACCCACUUUGGGCCGAUCUUGCCCAAUUUGGGGCUAUUUUCACUCACUUUGGUGUCAGUUCUCCCAGGUUUUUGUCCAUUCCCCCCCCUUUUGUGUCAAUUUCUCCUAGUUUUGGGGCAAUUUCACCAAAGGCAGGCUACUUUUCCCCCACUCUGGAGGUCAUAUCACCAAAUUUUGGGCUUAGUUCACCCACUUUG